CUAAAGCGAAUUUCAUUUCAUACCCUCCUCCUCGAUCAGUGUGGGUUCAAAAAGAAGCAUAGACCACUGUAAAAGAUUCUCGCCGGAAUAUACGGACUGUGCUUUAGCAGACGAGAUUUAGCGGCUGAGAUUUCACGUCCCCACCAUAAAGGGCAUAAAUCCAAAUCCUCAUCACCUUCACCCUUCCGAGGCUAGCCUAGCCCUUUUCAUGCCAAGCAUGGAGUCCUGUAAACCUGGACAGCUGAAAGGUAUCUACUUUUUUUCUCCCCAGGUUUAAUUUUUCUGGGUUUUGAUGCUUGAAGAAGGGUGAUGCUGUAAAGGUAUUAAUCUGGAGAAAGUUGGAGGUAUAGAUAAUAUUGAAGCAUAUUGCUCAGAAGCUUUUGGGUUUUGGUGUUGGGAGUUGUAGUUGCGGGCUCAAUGGUCAUGGAUCAAGCCUUGAGUGAGUUGUUGGAAUUCAGGGAUCAAGCUCUUUCGGACUCGAUGUAUAAGAAACUAGAUAGUGGAAUCGGGAACGGUAGUGGUUCAAGUAAGGUACUUGGACAUAAGUAUGCUACUACGGUCCGAGUGCCUCCUACUCAAAUUCCUAGUGAUUUAGCGCCGCAUUUGAGCAUGAAUUCAGAUGGGGAUUCACAGGAAGAUUGUGAUUUUAGUGAUGUGGUUCUCAAGUACAUUAGCCAGAUGCUUAUGGAAGAAGAUAUGGAAGAAAAAACUUGCAUGUAUCAGGAGUCUGCAGCACUUCAUGCUGCAGAGCAAUCUUUUUAUGAGCUUAUUGGAGAGAAGCAUCCUCUGCCGCCUGAUUUGACUCCUGCUGCUGAUCAGAUCCAUGAAAGCCCAGAUGAAAGUCAUUCUUUACAUUCCAGCUGUUGUAGCACUACCUCUACCAGUACUAGUAGUAGCAUUAGGGAUUGUGAUUUGCGUGAGUUUAAGUCUCUCAAUGUUGCUUCUCAGUCGACUUCUCAGUCAUCCCAUGCUUCAUCACAUGGAACCAGUAACAUUGUAGAUGGGUUUGUGGAUUCUCCUGUGAGCACUCUUAGGGUUCCUGACUUUUUCAAUGAGACUGAUUCAAUUAUGCAGUUUAAGAAAGGGUUCGAGGAAGCGAGUAAGUUUCUUCCAAAUGGUAAUAGUCUAAUUGUUGAUUUGGAGAGUAAUACACUGUUGCUUAAAGAGCUGAAGGCAGACGCAACAGAUAUGCUAGUGAAGGUAGACCAGAAGAAUGACAGUGAGUACUCUUCUGCUGGGUCAAGGAGAAAGAAGCAUUCUUAUCAUGACGAUGUGCUUUUAGAAGGGGAAAGGAGUAACAAGCAAUCAUCAGUUUCUACUGAAUCAGCUGUGAGUCCGGAAAUGUUUGACAUGGUUUUGCUAAACUGUGGACAGGGUGAAUCUGCUCUUCGCGAAGCUUUGCAGAAUGGAACAAAAAAGAACAAACCACAAAAUGGUCAGUCAAAGGGGCCGAGUGGUGGAAAAUCCCGUGGGAAGAAGCAGGGAGGUAAAAAGGACGUGGUGGAUUUGAGAACUCUUUUGACGGUCUGUGCACAAGCUAUUGCAGCUGGUGAUGAGAGAACUGGCAACGACUUACUUAAGCGGAUCAGACAGCAUGCUUCUCCGGUGGGAGAUGGGAUGCAAAGAAUGGCUUGCUGUUUUGCUGAUGGUCUUGAGGCACGAAUGGCUGGAUCUGGUACUCAGAUUUACAGAGCCCUUAUAACCAAGCCAACAUCAGCUGCAGAUGUCUUGAAGGCUUACCAUCUAUUUCUCGCCGCUUGUCCAUUCAAGAAGCUAUCAAAUUUCUUCUCAAAUAAGACAAUAAUGAAUGUAUCCGAGAAAGCAACAAGGCUCCACAUUAUUGAUUUCGGUAUUAUGUAUGGUUUUCAAUGGCCUUGCCUCAUACAACGUCUCUCAUCUAGGCCUGGUGGCCCUCCAAAGCUCCGAAUUACUGGGAUCGAUUUUCCAAAUCCAGGUUUCCGACCAGCGGAAAGGGUUGAGGAGACAGGACGACGCUUAGCAAACUAUGCAGAAACUUUUAAAGUUCCAUUUGAGUUCAACGCCAUAGCACAAAAGUGGGACACCAUUCAAAUUGAGGAUCUUAAACUCGAUCGUGAUGAGGUGCUUGUUGUGAAUUCUAUUUACAGACUUAGAAACCUACUUGAUGAGACUGUGGUGGUAGAGAGUCCAAGAGAUAUUGUCCUGAACCUGAUAAGGAAGAUGAAUCCAGAUGUCUACAUACUUGGAGUUGUAAAUGGAGCCUACAGUGCCCCCUUCUUUCUUUCAAGAUUUCGUGAGGCUCUCUUCCACUUCUCUACAUUGUUUGACAUGCUUGACAUGUGUGUGCCCCGUGAUAUUCCAGAGCGGAUGUUGAUUGAGAGGGAGAUAUUUGGCCGGGAGGCAAUGAAUGUCAUUGCGUGUGAGGGUUCAGAGAGGAUUGAAAGACCAGAAACAUACAAGCAGUGGCAGGUGAGGAAUCGGAGGGCUGGUCUUACACAACUUCCUUUGAACCAGGAGAUCAUGAGCAUAGCAAAGGACAGAUUGCAUGCUUACUACCACAAGGAUUUUGUAAUUGAUGAAGAUGGCCGGUGGCUCUUGCAGGGAUGGAAAGGACGCAUUGUCUAUGCACUCUCUUCUUGGAGGGCUGCUUAGUAGAUUGUCCUAUUUCAUCAGAAAGCAGCAUGUUUGUGUUAUGGCUUGUUGGAGGGCUUCGUGUGUAGCUUGAACCACAUGACUAUGUCAUGGCCUUCUGAUAUAUGAAGCUAAGGUAUUUAACUGUUUUGAUCAAAAUUCAAGAUUACCUCACUGUCAUUUAACUAUAUGUGGGUUAUCAUAUUUGCCAAUUAUACACUAUUUUGCUGCGCGGGUAAAAUGGAAUCAGAAUUUUGGUGGGCAUUAUUUCUCUUUGAACUUGGAACUCUAGUAUUUCCUACAGUUCAGUAGAAAAAGGGCUCCCAAAUGAUGAUUUUCUUUCCGUUGAUGGACUUGGGCCGAGGGCAAGAUUCUGUGAGGCUAUGACACAACAAUGGAACAGGACCGCUGCAAUCCAUGACUGAAAUCGAGACCGACAAGACAAAGCUGGAUCGAAAAAGCCAGAUUGCAUAUGCUACAACCAUGACUGAGAUUAUACAAGUUUAUCUCUGGGACCUGAAUGACCCUAUGAUUUUGGUGUCUACAAUAUGAGAGAAUUCAUAGUACUUCACUAAGGCCAUGGCCUUAGUGAAGUCGCGAAGAUGACCAAUCAACCUUUAAUCUAGUUUGUACCAACUUUUCAUCUGUAAAAGACUUGAGCAUUGUUAUAUUUAGUUUCUUUGAUGUGGGAAUUCAAGGUUUUCGCGACUACUCUAUAUGCUUACAGUUUUUCUUCUAAUUAAACAAACUUUUUACUCAGUA